AAGAAGAGAGACCGCGCAGUUUCCGGGUCGGUGUAUUGAUGACGUAUCUCUGGGACAGUUUGCGUGAUUGUCAGCUGCGGUGGAAACAGACUCUCUGAGACUCGGAAGUGUGUCACGGCGUGCUGCGACCUUCACCUGUCAGCUGACCUGCUGACUCACUGAGCGCGCUCAGUAGGGGGGUUCCCCUCCACACACACACACACACACACACACACACACAGAGCUUCUGUUGUAACACACACGGUCGAGCUCAGACGUCAUCAUGGUGUUAGCCGACCUCGGCAGGAAGAUCACCUCGGCGCUGAGGUCACUCAGCAACGCCACCAUCAUCAAUGAAGAGGUCCUGAAUGCGAUGCUGAAGGAGGUCUGUGCUGCUCUACUGGAGGCCGACGUCAACAUCAAACUGGUCAAACAGCUGAGAGAGAACGUCAAGUCUGCCAUAGACCUGGAGGAGAUGGCCUCCGGUCUGAACAAGAGGAGGAUGAUCCAGCACGCCGUCUUCAAGGAGCUCGUCAAGCUGGUGGAUCCUGGUGUGAAGGCCUGGACUCCCACUAAAGGAAAGAACAACGUCAUCAUGUUUGUUGGACUGCAGGGCAGCGGGAAAACUACCACCUGCUCCAAGCUGGCAUAUUACUACCAGAGGAAGGGUUGGAAGACCUGCUUGAUCUGUGCCGACACGUUCAGAGCCGGUGCCUUCGACCAGUUGAAACAAAAUGCGACCAAAGCCAGAAUCCCGUUUUAUGGCAGUUACACAGAGAUGGACCCGGUGGUGAUCGCUGCAGAGGGCGUGGAAAAAUUCAAAGGUGAGAACUUUGAGAUCAUCAUCGUGGACACAAGUGGACGACACAAACAGGAAGACUCGCUGUUUGAGGAGAUGCUGCAAGUCUCCAACGCUGUGCAACCAGACAACAUCGUGUACGUGAUGGACGCGUCGAUCGGCCAGGCCUGCGAGUCUCAAGCGAAGGCCUUCAAAGACAAAGUGGACGUGGCGUCGGUGAUCGUCACCAAGCUGGACGGGCACGCCAAAGGAGGCGGAGCUCUGAGCGCCGUGGCGGCCACCAGGAGUCCCAUCAUCUUCAUCGGAACCGGAGAACACAUCGACGACUUCGAGCCCUUCAAGACGCAGCCGUUCAUCAGCAAACUGCUCGGGAUGGGAGACAUCGAGGGAUUGAUCGACAGAGUGAACGAGCUCAAACUGGACGACAACGAGGAGCUGAUCGACAAGCUGAAACACGGUCAGUUCACUCUCAGAGACAUGUACGAGCAGUUCCAGAACAUCAUGAAGAUGGGCCCCUUCGGACAGAUCAUGGGUAUGAUUCCUGGUUUCGGGACAGACUUCAUGAGUAAAGGAAACGAGCAGGAAUCAAUGGCCAGACUAAAGAAACUGAUGACCAUCAUGGACAGCAUGAACGACCAGGAGCUGGACAGUAAAGACGGAGCGAAGCUGUUCAGUAAGCAGCCCAACAGGAUCCAGCGGGUCGCUCGGGGGUCGGGCGUCGCCACCCGGGACGUCCAGGAGCUGCUGACUCAGUACACCAAGUUCGCCCAGAUGGUGAAGAAGAUGGGAGGCAUCAAAGGACUCUUCAAAGGAGGAGAUAUGUCCAAGAACGUGAACCCGUCUCAAAUGGCCAAACUGAACCAGCAGAUGGCCAAAAUGAUGGACCCCCGAGUCCUCCACCACAUGGGUGGGAUGGCCGGUCUCCAGUCGAUGAUGCGUCAGUUCCAGCAGGGAGCCGCCGGCAACAUGAAAGGCAUGAUGGGAUUCAACAACAUGUGACCGCCGACCAACCAGCUGCCUUACAACAUAAAAACUUAAAGCUCCGCCUCCUGACAGGUACAGGUGGAAGGGGCGGGGCUUAGAGACAGAGAGGGGAGGAGGUGUAGAAAGAGAAUAAAAGGAGGAUUCGUCCUCUGCUGCUUUAAACCAGAAAUACAAAUUUCUGCUUUUAGAAAAAGACCAGAAGAAGAGAAACGAUGAUUUAAAGGAGCAGUCCGUCAUUUUAGGAAGCACUCUCUGAGAGUGUGACUGCUUCUUUAAACGAUGAAGAGGAGGAGGAGGGGGGAGGAAGAGGAGCUGAUUGUUUUUGGGCCUCAUUAAUUUAAUUCUGUAACUUGUUUGUGUAUAAGAUUUAAACAGAGCAGAGUCUGUCCUGAUUGGACGAGAUGACAUCACACGAUGAUGAUGAUGAUGAUGACGACAUUAGUUAGUGACAGUAUUUUUGUCAUAUAAUAAACAUUUGUAUUGCACCAUUUUAAA